AUGCCGAUGGGGCGCUUCUGCCGCCACUCGGUGCCGCCCCCCGCCCGCCUCCAGCUGCUGACGGCCUCGGGCCGCCUCGCGGCCGACUACUGGGUGGAGGGCAGGGGCUGGGACCUGCACAGGAUCAGGGCGGACUCGCAGUGCCUGGUGGCCCCCUGGAAGGCGGUCUGGGCGCCCGCUCCUUCCGCGCCGGCGUCGCCAGAAGCGCGGAGCAGGCCGCCCAAGAGGGCACCAGACGAGGUGUCGGGGCCGUCCACGCCGUGCAAGCACGCCUGCGUUGAGCAGGCCCCACGGCUCAUCGGCGAGCCAGGGGCGCUGGCCUACCCUGUGGUGCGCGGCAAGACAGGCACGCGCAGGCGCGGCAGCUGCCGGUCGCGGGCCACCGCGGCCGCGGCCCCCACGGCGCCGGCGGCGUCCACGGCGGCCGCCGCGGAGGAGGGCGGCGCGGAGGUGUCGGCAGCGCCGUGCGUGGAAGCUACGGAGACCGACAAGGUAGACGCCAAGGUGCAGAACCGAGAGCACGCCGAGAUCGACUGGGUCUCGGAGCUCGGCCAGGCCCUCCGCGGGACGGGGGGCGGCGCGGCCGACGCCGGCGCGCCGCAGAAGCCGCCGCCGCCCGAUGCGGCCGGGGCCCCGCGAGUGCAGGAGCUGGCACGCGGCCCGGCGGAGCGGCCCGCUGCCGGGGGCGUGGGCGGCGAGCUGGCGCAGGUGCGCGAGCGCAUGUCGCGCCUCCGCGGGGAGCUGGCGGUGGCGAUCACGCCUCUGCGCACCAGCGUGGAGCGCCGCAGGAGCCUGGCGGGCUCCACCGGCUGCGGCAGCGCGACCCGCAGGGUCCAACAGGUGGGGAGCACGGCCGCGCAGCCGAGGUCGGCUGGGCGGCGCGACGACUCGCCGCUUUUCUGGGGCCGCACCCCCAAGCGCCGCAGGUGA